AUGGAACGUCAACAGAGCCGUCUGUUUGUACCAUACAAGGCACUUGGUGAAAUUUGUUCAUCUGUACCACCGGCUUUUCGAGUGCUUUCAAGGAAACGUAAUGAAAGUUACGUCGUUUGUGCUGUGGACAAUGUUGUGAUACAGUACCUCUGUGAAAAUUUGCGUGUGAUAGCAGUGAGCAAUGUUCUACCGGCUCGAAUUAAUGUAGUUGCUGCCGAUUCUCACUACAUUUAUGCUGCCAUUGACAAAAGAAUAGCUGUUUUGUAUUUAGCCAGGCAAGUUAAAAGAUGGUUAGAGAUAUCUGAUAACGUACGUUGGCUUCUUCCAUUUGGCGAUAUAAUAGUGGUUGUGGAUGUGAAAAGUUCGAUUCACGUAAUGGAUGUUGAAACUGGUGACGAAUUAGUGCUGAUUGAAACAUCCGGACAAUUCGAUUGUUCAGCAAUUACUCAUCCAGCUACUUAUCUUAACAAGGUGCUAUUGGGAUCCAGACAAGGAACUUUGCGUAUUAUUAAUUUCAAAACUGGCAAACUAAUUCAUGAAUUUGGGAAAUUAUUCGAAUCGGAAAUAACAGCUUUGGAACAGUCACCGGCCACAGAUAUCGUCGCUAUUGGACUAAGAAAUGGUCAGAUUAUACUGCAUAAUAUUAAAUUUGACGAAACGUUACAAAUGUACAUGCAGGAUGCACCAGUAACAUCAAUUGCAUUUAGAACUGAUGGCGAAGAGACAAUGACUACAGCAUCCGAAAAUGGAACAUUGGCAGUUUGGAAUUUAAACAAACGCUCUUUAUUGGGACAGUUGCCCGAUGCACAUUAUGGCUCCAUUACGGGUAUAUAUUACAUUAAUGGCGAGCCAUUGAUGAUUUCAGCAGGAGUCGAUAACACGUUAAAAACUUGGAUUAAUGACAUGGGUGAUGGUAUGCCCAGGCAACUGGUUUUGCUUGAAGGACAUCAUAAACCCAUUACUGCGGUAAAAUUUAUCGACAACGAAAUUAUCCUUUCAUCUAGUUUGGAUGGUUCUGUAAGGAUAUUCUCAGUAUCACAUGAUACACAUAGACAGAAGUUAGGAAAUGCUGGUACUAUGUCCAGAAUGAAAGCGAAAAAGAUAAAGCGUGAUAUUGAGAGCAUCAAAUUGAAACCAGUGAUUCAAAUGGAUGUGAGCUCAGCGCGAGAAGCAGCUUGGGACAAUGUCAUAUGCCGUCAUAUUGAUACAGCCCCAGUGACGACGUGGACCACGAGAAAACAAUCCUUGGGAACACAUCGCUUGCUUCAUAAGAGAUUCGUAACUAAACCACAUCUCGUAUCUGCUUGCGCAUCAGCUAUUUGCAUCUCAUCAUGUGGUAAUUUCGGUAUAAUUGGAUACACAUCUGGUCACAUUGAUUGCUUUAACUUACAGAGUGGACACCACAGGAAAGCUUUUCUUUGCAGUAAAAAAGAUCAAAAAGCGCACAGGUCUGCUGUUCGAGGACUGGCACUUGAUAUACUUAACAGGCAACUCGUCUCCGCUGAACAUAAUGGAUUGAUUCGAUUUUGGGAUUUUCGCAGCACAAAGUUAGUAGCCGAAAUGCAAGUUCCAUCACCAGUUAUACGAUUUUGCAUGAGUGACAAUAACUCAUUGUUGGCUCUUGGUGUAGAAAAUGGUUCAAUUGGUGUGGUCGACAUUUUGUGCCGAAAGGUUGUUAGGAUUGUGAAUGGCGCCCAUCGGUCAUCCUUUACUGCUUUGGGAUUUUCACCUGAUGGUAAAUGGCUUGUCAGCGCUGACGAUGAAGGUCUCAUUAAGACUUGGGAUCUUGUUACGAAUAGUCUAAUUGAUGUUAUGAAGUGUGAAUCACAUUGUGUAUCGUUUUGUUUCUCAUUAAGUGGAGAAUAUUUGGCCACAUGUCAUCACGACCGAAGGAGCAUUUAUAUCUGGGCUAAUAAAACAUGGUUCACUCCUGUGAAUGCUUUGAAAGCGCUGCCGUUAGAUUACGUUCCUGAGAUUUCGUUAGCUCCACCCGUGCGAAGGAAUUUAGAGGAUGAAAUGCAGUGUUCAACAGAAGAAAUCGAAAUGCCUAUGGAAACUGUUUCUGAAACCAUACCAAAAGUAAAGCAGGUUGAAAGUCUUGUAACUUUAUCGGGUUUGGCAUCUUCACGUUGGGCAAAUCUUCCAUAUUUGGAUGUAAUUCGAGAACGAAAUAAACCAAUCGAACCGGCGCGCAAGCCAAAGGCUGCACCAUUUUUUUUGCCGGCUGUAUCAACACUCGAUGGUUUCGAGUUUGAAAAGAUGAACAUUGAUACUGAUGAUAUAGAGCGGCGUAAUGUAUUAAUGGCGAAACGAAAUAUGCUGGAGAUUGAAUCAUCUUUUGCGCAAAAAUUAUUACAAGCUUCGGAUGAUGCUGACUUUAUCAGUGCAUUUGAAUCUUUGAAGUGGAUGAGUAUCUCUACGAUAGACUUUCAGAUUCACAUAUUGCCGGAAAAGGCUCUAAGCAGUUUUUUGAAAAUGCUUCUCACAGUUCUCAGCAGUCAUCGCGAUUUUGAACUUGUCCAAGCCUACUUAGCCGCUUUCUUGAAAAUCAAAAGGAACAAGCUGUGGACUAGCUGUAUUAAAGAUGAUGAUUUGGGUACAACAUUGGGCAAAUUAAGUGAUGAACUGAAGAAGAGUUGGGGAGAAGUUGAUCGAUUGAUGCUUAAUAAUGCUUCUUUGCUGCAGUGGAUAAAAACAGCUCUAUUGUAG